GGUCAAAUUCAAGUUGAUGAUUUCUCAAAAUAGGAAAUGAACAGAUUAAUAGACUUCAAACUAAUUUUUAUGGAUGAAACUGGAUUGAAACUGCUACUGCUACUAUUUUUUUGUAGAUAUAAUGAACAGUAAACUUUACUUGGUUUACUAUCAGGGGCACCCAACGAAACUAUAGUUCAAAAUCACUUAAACUAGCAUUGUUGAACGUAUUUUAGUAUUUAAACGGUAGAUAUAGGCAUAUUUUUAUCCCCUAAAAUUUUUCAUUUGUUCGGAUUUCCUAGCUGAAAGUCUAGUGAUGCGAAAAUUAUAGGGAUCAAAACUUACCUCUACGAAAAUUUCAGCCAGGAAAAAUGCUCCCGAAAAUUCUAGGUGACCUUUUUAGGGUAAAAAUCCGUUAAAAAUGGGCAAUUAUACCAUUUUUUAAGAUGUUCGAAAAUCCUAGGAGAGGCAGGCAAGCAAGAAAUCUUACAGCAAAUGUUCCGAAAUUCUAGAUCUCAAAUCGUCUUCCGAACAGAUAUUUUCCAAAAAUUGUCGCUGGGUGCCCCUGUACUAUGCUGUACAAGGCGGUUGACCGUGCUAACGUUUGAGUCAGUAGAUGAAAUACUAAAGUGUGACUAUUCAAAUGAAAGCUACUAAGCAGUAGUUUCCUGUGGUACAGUUUAUUAUGCUUCGCCAAGGUGGUUCUAACUUGAGUCUGUGGAUGAAAUCCUGAAGUGUGACCAUUCAAAUGAAAACUACCGAGCAGUACUUUCCUGUGGUACUGUUGAUCAUGCCGUACAAGGUGGUUGCAACUUUUGAGUCUGUGGAUGAAGUGUAACCAUUCACAUGUAAGCCACUGGGCAGUACGUUUAUGUGGUGCUAGUCUAAAAUAUCAGCCGUCUCCACUACCUAACCCGUGCAAAAUUUGUCUACUAAUUUUAAUCUUAGGGACCAAACCACGCGGUGUCCACAGCUUGUGCCGCCAGCGCGCAUGCUAUUGGAGAUGCUUUUAGAAUGAUCCGUUAUGGUGAUGCUGAUCUCAUGGUGGCUGGAGGUGUUGAAGCAUGCAUUAUGCCACUUUCAGUGGCGGGCUUUUGCAAGUAAGAAAAAUCGUGGGUUGUAGUAGCCUCCCACGCAGGCCUUUUUAGGGGAGCUCGAAACACGAGCUCUCCUAUCAACGCCUGCGUGGGAGGCUAGGGUUGUAGGCGUUAUUGUAUUACUGUGCCGUUGGGACUAGGCCGAUGUCAGUGGUCGAAAUGGACUAUGGGACUGUUUUGUGGGGUUUUGUGGGUGGAUUUUUACCCCGUUUUCUUCCCACCCUCAGUAGGAACCUUACGAUCCGACAAAGGUGACGUCCGUGAAAACGUCGCUGAAAAACAGACUUGGCUUCAUUUUAAACUUUUUGGCGAUUAUCCCAAUUCGCCCUGUUACUUAAAAGAAGGGGAUUUUGGCUGGAGCUGAAGAGAGGGGAACGCGCUCAAGUUCGGACAGAGAUGGUAGAAUUUAUCGGCUUGCCGUUCCCGUUCCCAAGUAAACUUAAAAUUUGGUCAUUUCACGUUGUAGUCGUGCAGUGACGGCAAAGAAAUGUACAAAAAAGCGUGAUGCACGUGCAGAGUUGUUGUUUUGCUUAUUAAACCCAUUGUUUUUUGACGUUCCAGUUGCCGUCGUCGUCGUGGUUUCGUAAGGUCCCUAGUACCACGGCGACGACGAUGGCAACGAGAAAGUUUAAAAAGCAACAGGUGUAAUAAGCAAAAUACAGUCGAACCUCUGCUAACGGCCACCUCUCUACAACGACCAGUUUUUUUUGUUCCGGCGAGCAGUCCAUACAUUGACUCGUGUUUUAAUAAACCUCUUUUCAACGGCAACAGCCACUAAAGCGUGUCCCCAACUAACUAAAAUAACCUCUCGACAACGGCCAGUUUUUUUCAGCGACUGAUGAAAAAGUCAAGAGUGGUCAUGACAUUUGAUGCGUAUGGCGAGUUGAUGAUUAAUCGCGGCAGUUGUAUUUUGAUUUUACUUCAUUUAUACUGCUGCAGUAAACAUAAAUUCAGUCUACGAUACUUAUCGCGAAAGCAGCGAACCUUGCCCGUUUUGUCACGUCCAGACAUUUUGAUUCAAAAAAAUUGUUUGAUUUUUUGUGUAUUUUAUCUCUACGAUGUAUUAUAUAUGGUUGGAGUACCAUUAUGGAAUACAGUGUCAUACGACUACCUCCUCAAAAUACAACGUAACUCUCUUAAAAAAUCUGCCAUAUUACACCCCUGCCUCCCAAUAACAGCCACCUUUCCACAACGGCCACUUUCUUCUGUACCUAAGGGGGCCGUUGUGGAGAUGUUCGACUGUAACAAUUCAUGUACCAUAACGCCUAUUUCUGUUAAUUUCUCUGCUAUCCCUGCACAACUUCGACGUGAAAAUCCCUUUAGUACGUCAUCAGAAAGGCGAUAAAUUUUACUGUAUCUAUCUGAGCUUGGACGCGGUCUUCUCUCUUCAGCUUCAGCUUUGUUUUCUAGCUAUAUAAGACUGAACGAAUUGGAAAUAAUCGAACGUUUACAUCAAAGGGCAAAGGUCAAAUUCAAGUUGAUGAUUUCUCAAAAUAGGAAAUGAACAGAUUAAUAGACUUCAAACUAAUUUUUAUGGAUGAAACUGGAUUGAAACUGCUACUGCUACUAUUUUUUUGUAGAUAUAAUGAACAGUAAACUUUACUUGGUUUACUAUCAGGGGCACCCAACGAAACUAUAGUUCAAAAUCACUUAAACUAGCAUUGUUGAACGUAUUUUAGUAUUUAAACGGUAGAUAUAGGCAUAUUUUUAUCCCCUAAAAUUUUUCAUUUGUUCGGAUUUCCUAGCUGAAAGUCUAGUGAUGCGAAAAUUAUAGGGAUCAAAACUUACCUCUACGAAAAUUUCAGCCAGGAAAAAUGCUCCCGAAAAUUCUAGGUGACCUUUUUAGGGUAAAAAUCCGUUAAAAAUGGGCAAUUAUACCAUUUUUUAAGAUGUUCGAAAAUCCUAGGAGAGGCAGGCAAGCAAGAAAUCUUACAGCAAAUGUUCCGAAAUUCUAGAUCUCAAAUCGUCUUCCGAACAGAUAUUUUCCAAAAAUUGUCGCUGGGUGCCCCUGUACUAUGCUGUACAAGGCGGUUGACCGUGCUAACGUUUGAGUCAGUAGAUGAAAUACUAAAGUGUGACUAUUCAAAUGAAAGCUACUAAGCAGUAGUUUCCUGUGGUACAGUUUAUUAUGCUUCGCCAAGGUGGUUCUAACUUGAGUCUGUGGAUGAAAUCCUGAAGUGUGACCAUUCAAAUGAAAACUACCGAGCAGUACUUUCCUGUGGUACUGUUGAUCAUGCCGUACAAGGUGGUUGCAACUUUUGAGUCUGUGGAUGAAGUGUAACCAUUCACAUGUAAGCCACUGGGCAGUACGUUUAUGUGGUGCUAGUCUAAAAUAUCAGCCGUCUCCACUACCUAACCCGUGCAAAAUUUGUCUACUAAUUUUAAUCUUAGGGACCAAACCACGCGGUGUCCACAGCUUGUGCCGCCAGCGCGCAUGCUAUUGGAGAUGCUUUUAGAAUGAUCCGUUAUGGUGAUGCUGAUCUCAUGGUGGCUGGAGGUGUUGAAGCAUGCAUUAUGCCACUUUCAGUGGCGGGCUUUUGCAAGUAAGAAAAAUCGUGGGUUGUAGUAGCCUCCCACGCAGGCCUUUUUAGGGGAGCUCGAAACACGAGCUCUCCUAUCAACGCCUGCGUGGGAGGCUAGGGUUGUAGGCGUUAUUGUAUUACUGUGCCGUUGGGACUAGGCCGAUGUCAGUGGUCGAAAUGGACUAUGGGACUGUUUUGUGGGGUUUUGUGGGUGGAUUUUUACCCCGUUUUCUUCCCACCCUCAGUAGGAACCUUACGAUCCGACAAAGGUGACGUCCGUGAAAACGUCGCUGAAAAACAGACUUGGCUUCAUUUUAAACUUUUUGGCGAUUAUCCCAAUUCGCCCUGUUACUUAAAAGAAGGGGAUUUUGGCUGGAGCUGAAGAGAGGGGAACGCGCUCAAGUUCGGACAGAGAUGGUAGAAUUUAUCGGCUUGCCGUUCCCGUUCCCAAGUAAACUUAAAAUUUGGUCAUUUCACGUUGUAGUCGUGCAGUGACGGCAAAGAAAUGUACAAAAAAGCGUGAUGCACGUGCAGAGUUGUUGUUUUGCUUAUUAAACCCAUUGUUUUUUGACGUUCCAGUUGCCGUCGUCGUCGUGGUUUCGUAAGGUCCCUAGUACCACGGCGACGACGAUGGCAACGAGAAAGUUUAAAAAGCAACAGGUGUAAUAAGCAAAAUACAGUCGAACCUCUGCUAACGGCCACCUCUCUACAACGACCAGUUUUUUUUGUUCCGGCGAGCAGUCCAUACAUUGACUCGUGUUUUAAUAAACCUCUUUUCAACGGCAACAGCCACUAAAGCGUGUCCCCAACUAACUAAAAUAACCUCUCGACAACGGCCAGUUUUUUUCAGCGACUGAUGAAAAAGUCAAGAGUGGUCAUGACAUUUGAUGCGUAUGGCGAGUUGAUGAUUAAUCGCGGCAGUUGUAUUUUGAUUUUACUUCAUUUAUACUGCUGCAGUAAACAUAAAUUCAGUCUACGAUACUUAUCGCGAAAGCAGCGAACCUUGCCCGUUUUGUCACGUCCAGACAUUUUGAUUCAAAAAAAUUGUUUGAUUUUUUGUGUAUUUUAUCUCUACGAUGUAUUAUAUAUGGUUGGAGUACCAUUAUGGAAUACAGUGUCAUACGACUACCUCCUCAAAAUACAACGUAACUCUCUUAAAAAAUCUGCCAUAUUACACCCCUGCCUCCCAAUAACAGCCACCUUUCCACAACGGCCACUUUCUUCUGUACCUAAGGGGGCCGUUGUGGAGAUGUUCGACUGUAACAAUUCAUGUACCAUAACGCCUAUUUCUGUUAAUUUCUCUGCUAUCCCUGCACAACUUCGACGUGAAAAUCCCUUUAGUACGUCAUCAGAAAGGCGAUAAAUUUUACUGUAUCUAUCUGAGCUUGGACGCGGUCUUCUCUCUUCAGCUUCAGCUUUGUUUUCUAGCUAUAUAAGACUGAACGAAUUGGAAAUAAUCGUGAAAAGGUUUGAAAAGACGAAGUUUGAUCUGACGUUGUCAGAUCGUAAGGUCCUUAAUAGCCUGCAUGACAGGCGUUCGAAAUGGAAGGGGAAAGGAUUUCGCGCGCGCGAGGGAGAAGAGAAGAGAAGAGGGGAACGCCUGCCACGUGGCUAAGUCCCUAGUAAUCUCGUACCCAGAUCUUCCACGGUCAAGGGAAAUACGUUAGACAGUGAGAUCUCGGUACGAGAUUAAGUCCCUAGGAAAGAGGUGAUUGCAGUUCGUCAAACCACCGCCCCGGUCUCCCGUCAACUUCAAAAUGACCAAUAGCUUUUUUAUUUCCUUAACCAGAAUGCGAGCACUGACCACCAAGUUCAAUGAUCGUCCUCAAGAGUCAUCGCGGCCGUUUGAUAGCCAGAGGUCUGGGUUUGUGAUGGGAGAGGGAGCGGGCAUCAUGAUUUUAGAGGUACGUUGUGGAUGAAAGUUAGCGAUGCCAGUGCCAUACACUGCAAUGAAAAAAUUAAAUAAACUGCUUUUUAACCAUCAAAGAAGAAAAUAGGUCAUGGAAACUAACAAUGGGAACCUCCAUUUUGGAAAAAUUCAGUGAAACGAAGAUUUUAUCUAACUAUCCCGCUCUAUGUUUUUUUGCAAACGUUGUUCUGUUUGUAGUCCGUGAAAACCUCCGCAGGAUGUUUGUUUUUUUGCAAGACCUCGUUUUUUUGUUUUACUUAAUUAGUUUUCCUGUAGCUGCUGAGAUUUGAAGCUGUAUAAUUGCUGCCAAAUGAAAAGGUGGUGCUUAACUAGUAGGAGUAAAUCAACCCUCCACAAUGUUCACUGUUUUCUUUUGUUACCUUAGGAAUACGAACACGCGAUUACUCGUGGUGCAAAAGUGUAUGCGGAACUUCUGGGGUAUGGACUUUCAGGUUGGAGUUAUUUUGUUUGCAAUCAAUAAGCUGUUGUUGUAUAGCCAUACUUUUUACUUUUAAACUAACAGACCAAUCAUAAGUUGUUUUGGUCUAUUAAUUUGUCGUAAACAUUCUACUCUGUUUGGUUGUUAAGCAAUCCUAUCAGCAGGGGGUCGUAAGCAUUUAGGUUAUUUAGUAUCGAAAGUAUAACUAACCGUGGGUCUCUGAGCAUAUGUAAUAACAGUGUGUGAAAUUUUAGUUUAUGUCGUGUUGCAUUUAAUAACUAUGACGCACAGUACGUUUUGGUUAACCCUUUGAGCCCUUUGAGUGAUCAGGAUCAAGUUUCUCCUUGUAAUAUCAGUGCUUUGUAAAACAGAGUGGUCAUGAGAAUUACGGGCAUGAUCACACGAGAUGAAUUUGCCUGAUAUUUUAUCAACUUCUCCCCAUUUCUUCUACAGGAAAUGAAUAGGAGCAACAAAUGAGAAUUCAAAUUUUGAUCUUAGGGUUUAAAGGGUUAAGCAGUUUCUACUGUUUGCUUGUAUCUGUACAGGAGACGCGUAUCACAUCACGGCCCCAUCAGAGGGAGGGUACGGGGCGUAUCUGGCCAUGAAGAAUGCGCUCAGAGACGCACGUCUCGAACCACAAGACAUACACUAUAUCAACGCACAUGCUACAUCUACUCCACUUGGUAGGGCUCUUUCACUUGUCCUUUUUAUAAUAAUAUAUUAUGAAUCAAAUUCCAAUGGACAAAAAUAAACCUACCCACGGCUUUUGACCGCAGUGAAUCCAAUAUAGCAUUUGUCGAGAACCAAUGUCAAGACCGCUAUCUCCCCCUCCCCAAAACACUGUUGUGAGAUGUUGUGACGUCCGUUGCCAGCCCUUGCUCGGACCACGUGACCCGAAACACAUAGGCCGCGCGGAAUAAUAAGGCCGAGGGACUAGGCAACAUUGGUCGGUGAGGACAUAUUUGGCAAAAGGUAAUAACCUUUCCAAAACCUUAACUAACAUGUCAUUAAAUUCAGGCUAGCAGUAUCGAUUUUUUCCCUCUAUUUCUUAAUUUCCAGGGGACGCUGGAGAAAACAAUGCAAUAAAAACUUUGCUUGGAAGCCAUUCCAGAAAUGUUCAAGUUUCUUCCACUAAAGGUAACUUUCUUUUGGCUUUGAUUUUUAAGCCGUAAGGGACAGUUUAAACGGAAAUUGUUGAGAAACUAACCUGUUAUAUGCCCUUAGUUAGCCAGGACGAACAAAAGUAAAAGCAAAAAAGACGAAAAUGGAGAAGAAGAAAGAAAAAGAAGACAGACAAACAAACAAAUUAACAAAAAAGAAAGAGAGAAGAAAACGGCCGAGGACUGGGGAGAGAAGAGUUGGUUUCUCACCCCAUUCCUUGCCAAUAUUUGUACGAUAAUGUGUAUUUAGCCCUGUUUGGCUAAAAUUGUUUUUUUGUCUGAUUCAGUUGAUUGGUUCGACGCGUCCUAAGUUCGACGUCUGACCCAACAGACGAUCUUAACUUAAUUUAGGUCAACCCAAAUGAGAGUUUGGUUCGUCUCAUGAAAAGUUCAACGUUUGGCCUAGGCCUAACCUCCUCUUAUACGGCGCAAAUUACAGCUCUACUGGCUUGUGUUGUCUUUAUUUUCUAGGGGCCAUUGGUCACCUGUUAGGUGCAGCUGGUGCGGUGGAAGCUAUUUUUACCGUCUUAACUGUUGCCCAGGUGAGAUUUCUUAGACUUGCAUUCAUUGCUUUCCAUUAGUGCAACUACCAUACGAUUGCUAAGCUCUUCCCUCUAUGUUGUAUGCCCGUUUUGGGCAUCGGUUGGUCAUGGUGACCUCUCUGGUCCCCAACAUAAAGCUGCUAUUUUGUCAUUCACAAGUAAUUUCUCAAGUUUUAUUGCGAAUGAAGACACGUUACUGGCAUUAUAAACAAAACGAAGUAGCCAACCGUGAUAGAGCCCUUGUAGAUCCCACUCAGUGCCUCAUUCGAUGGCUGUGUGUACCAUUCCUUUACAUAAUUUAAUUAUGCCUUGAAUUUUUAUUCUUUACAUUUUCUUAAUCGUUUUCAAUUCUUAGGGUGUGGUCCCGCCCACAUUGAACUUGCAUAGUGUAGACUCAGAGGAAGUCUUUGACAUGAACUACGUGCCGCUGACGUCUCAGCCGUUUCUUGCUCCUGAACCGAGAACAGCACUGACCAACUCGUUUGGUUUCGGUGGCACCAACGCUUCUUUGUGUUUUAGACAGUUUGUCGCCCCGCCCUAG